AUGUUAGCUCAAGAUUUCCUGAAGAAGGAUGAUCGUGGCUUUCUAUCAACUUCUUCCAAGUCAGCAUUUUACUUCGGUCUAUUAGUAAUUGUCAAAUUUCUCCGCUGCAUUGGAAUAUUUAUUAUUGAUAUAUUAGCUAAGCAAGUUCACGUUGUUGGACUGCUUUGGCUUUUUAAAUUGGUUGCUUCAUGCAUUCUCAUUCCGUUUCAAAAGCCAUUCAACAAUGGGAAACCGUUGAGAAGGGUUUUGGGCAUCAGGAUAGCACAGUUAGCAUUGUGGAAUUGCUUAAUUGAAGUAAUAUGGUUCUAUGGUAUUACUUUUUGUGGACCUUUAAGAUCCAUAUUGAUAUUUGAACAAAGUCCAUCCGUUAUAAUGGUUGCUUUGUUAACUUUAUUGAAGGGAAGCAAUUCAUCAUCAAAAACUCGUGGAGUGAUUGCACUCUUAUUGGGUUAUCUUUCCUUGAUUUUGAUGGAUAGCGAUGCUACUGUCGAGGCAGAUCAUAAAUCAUCACAUGGUCAUCAAAGUGUUUUGAAUCAUUUAUUCUAUCAUUUUAUUCAUAAUUCAGGAGUUUCGGACCAUAAGGGAGGUAUUAUUUUAUUGAUGCUUUCGGUCUUGAUAAGAAUGGCUUAUGAUUCGUCGUUUCGCCAUUUAGCAGUUGAAAUUGGUGGAUCGAAAAGACUCUAUUCGUUGGUGACACUUUUCUCUGCGAUAUUUUUAGCACCAGGAGCGAUUCUUGCUUUUGCUGCGGGCAAGGCAUAUAUUACUUCUUUUGUCGAUUUUAUUCUUUUGUUGUUUAUGGGGUCAGCAUUUGUAAUGGUUUUCGAUUUCUAUACAGAGUCGUUUUGUUUUCAGCAUGUAGCUGAUCCGGUAUUAUCAUCAGCACGAUGGAGUCCAAUGUUAAUGUUUAUUUGUGCCUUUUUGUUCGCUUCCGCUUGGUAUACGGAUGAAAGUUACCAUGCACCUGAUGCUCACGUUAUUUCAGGUGGAGUAUUGUUGACGCUGUUUUGUUUCAUUAUCGCUUGUUUCUCCUUAACAUCCUCGACCAGUCCACGUUCCAGAGGUGGGUAUUAUGUUGGUUUAUCGGAUAGUGGAAUACCACUAUAUACUUAUGGCGAAGCAUUUUUGCAAAAAACUUCAAGAUCAGUAAUACUGUCGAUCAAGGAAACUUUAGCAGAAAUAUUGACGAAUACUGAUUCGCGUAGAAUUUUUUGGUUUCUCUGCGCUAACUUGUCAUUUUGUGGAAUUGAAUUUUUAUACGGAUUCUGGACGAAUAGUCUUGGACUGAUAUCCGAUGGUUUCCAUAUGCUUUUCGAUUGCUCUGCACUUGUAAUGGGUCUUGUUGCUUCUGUGAUGUCACGAUGGUCUUCUUCAAAAUAUUAUUCUUACGGAUAUGGGAGAGUGGAAGUAUUAUCAGGAUUUAUAAAUGCUUUAUUUCUCAUUGUUAUUGCUUUUUUUAUAUUUCUGGAGGCGCUAGAACGGUUAUAUGAUCCACCAGAUAUCAGCACUGAUAAACUAAUGAUAGUGGCAGUUGCUGGUCUAAUAAUAAAUAUGUUUGGUAUGUUCGCAUUUCAUGGUGCAACACAUGCGCAUUCUCAUGGAGAUGAUGGCAGUCAUUCGCAUAAUGAUGUUUCGCGUUCACAUUCACAUUCACAUUCUCAUUCUCAUUCACAUUCUUACUCCCAUUCACACGGAGAAGCAAAUACUAAUAUGCAAGGUGUUUUUCUACACGUCCUUGCUGACACACUUGGUUCUGUAUUUGUGAUAAUCAGUACCCUUAUGAUUCAAUAUUUUGGUUGGAAAUGGGUCGAUCCAUUAUGCUCGUUAAUUUUAUCGAUGCUUAUCCUUUGUUCAGUAAUACCGUUACUGAAGCAGUCAAUGGCUACGUUGAUGCAAAAUAUUCCACUUCAAAUAGAAGAAGAGUUUGAACAUAUUCUACAUGAGAUUUUAAACAUCGAGGGUGUCAUAUCCUACUCAAAUGUACAUUUAUGGCAACUCAAAUCUGUUUUCAAUAUAGCAUCGUUGCAUGUUCAAGUGAACGAUAGUGCAAACGAUCAAAUUAUACGACUAAAAGUAUUGAAAAAUCUAAAAUCGAUUAAUAUCACGCAAGCAUCUGUUCAGGUUGAAAAAGAAAAUUUUUUCCAACGUAUAUCUGUUCUUUGUCCGUCGUAUAAAAUUCCGCAACGUAUAACAAAAGGAUGGGACAACAGUGAAGAGCUAUUCACAUCAUUGAAAUUACAGCUCUGCGAAGCAUAA